GGCACUAGUCAAGAGCAGGAGGUGAAUCUGCUGCCGAAACUCGAGAAUCCAGUGACUCGGCAGGAGAAGAUGGCGACCGUGUGGGAUGAGGCUGAGCAAGAUGGAAUCGGGGAGGAGGUACUCAAGAUGUCCACAGAAGAGAUCAUCCAGCGCACACGGCUGCUGGACAGUGAAAUCAAGAUCAUGAAGAGCGAAGUGUUGCGAGUCACCCACGAACUCCAAGCCAUGAAGGACAAAAUCAAAGAGAACAGUGAGAAAAUCAAAGUGAACAAGACUCUGCCGUACCUGGUCUCCAACGUCAUCGAGCUUCUAGAUGUUGAUCCCAACGAUCAAGAGGAAGAUGGUGCCAAUAUUGACCUGGAUUCCCAGAGGAAGGGCAAGUGUGCAGUGAUCAAAACCUCUACACGACAGACAUACUUCCUGCCUGUGAUUGGGUUGGUGGAUGCUGAAAAGCUGAAGCCAGGAGACUUGGUGGGUGUGAACAAAGACUCCUAUCUGAUCCUGGAGACCCUGCCCACAGAGUACGACUCGCGUGUGAAGGCCAUGGAGGUGGACGAGAGGCCCACAGAGCAAUACAGUGACAUCGGGGGCCUGGAUAAGCAGAUUCAGGAGCUGGUGGAGGCCAUCGUCCUGCCAAUGAACCACAAGGAGAAGUUUGAGAACUUAGGGAUCCAGCCUCCAAAGGGGGUGCUAAUGUACGGGCCCCCAGGUACGGGGAAGACCCUGCUGGCCCGGGCCUGUGCUGCACAGACCAAGGCCACCUUCCUGAAGCUGGCUGGCCCCCAGCUGGUGCAGAUGUUCAUUGGGGAUGGUGCCAAGCUCGUCCGGGAUGCCUUUGCCCUGGCCAAGGAGAAAGCUCCAUCCAUCAUCUUCAUCGAUGAGCUGGAUGCCAUCGGCACCAAGCGCUUUGACAGUGAGAAGGCCGGGGACCGGGAGGUGCAGAGGACGAUGCUGGAGCUUCUGAACCAGCUGGACGGGUUCCAGCCGAACACCCAAGUGAAGGUAAUUGCAGCCACUAACAGGGUGGACAUCCUGGACCCUGCCCUGCUCCGCUCAGGCCGCCUGGACCGCAAGAUCGAGUUCCCGAUGCCCAACGAGGAGGCCCGGGCCAGAAUCAUGCAGAUCCACUCCCGAAAGAUGAAUGUCAGUCCUGAUGUGAACUACGAGGAGCUGGCCCGCUGUACAGAUGACUUCAACGGGGCCCAGUGCAAGGCCGUGUGUGUGGAGGCGGGCAUGAUCGCGCUGCGCAGGGGCGCCACAGAGCUCACCCACGAGGACUACAUGGAGGGCAUCCUGGAGGUACAGGCCAAGAAGAAAGCCAACCUGCAGUACUACGCCUAAGGGGUCGCCUGCCACACCUGUUCUCUGGCCUCUUGCUGGUUAAAAUUCGUAAUAAAGGAUGGUUUCAGGUUCCUGC